GUCCUACUGCAUCGUCUGUGCAUGCAAUCGGACGGACGGGCACGGGCUCCUCAUCUCGCACUCGCACUCGCCCUCUGCAUGACUUGCAUGUGAAAAGGUUCAGCUGCAUGCAUGUAUUUAACAGGCAGAGAGACAGACAGGCAUCAUCGUCGUCAGCCUUGCCAAUUGCUUGCUUGAUUUCUUCGUUCUAUGGCUGCCCGCUCUGCUCUGCAACUCUAUAUGCUCUUCAUGAAUUAGUUACAGAUACUAGCUGCUAGCAAGCACGCGGUGAUCACGGUGAACUAUCGCCGCCGAAGCGGGAACUGAGGAAGAUGUUGGGGAGGACGGCUGGGCCAGGUGGUGGCGGAGUCUCGGAGCAGCGGCGGCGCGAGGCCGCGUUUGAUUUCGGCCGCCACACGGGCACCGUCGCCGCUCCGUCGCCGUCGUUGCCGCCGGCUCCCAUGGUGCCUCCGAAGCUGUUCUUGGCAGCAGCAGCAGCAGCAGGGAUGAGCGGCGUCGUCGUCUCCGGAGAGGAUGCGUUGUUCUCGCCGCCGCUGGAGCUAGCGGCGGCCGUCGUCGUGAUGGUGAGCCCCACCUCCACGCUGCAGGCACCGACCGGCAGCCCCACGUCGUCUCCGGCGGCCACGGCCGUUCCAUUCUCCCGUCGCGGGGUGAGGGCGACCUCAUCAUCAGCAGCAGCAGGCGGGGACGAUCGUCGUCGUCGUGGGUGCAAGAGCAGCAGCCGGAGCCGGAGCCAACGCCCCUGGGAGGCGAGGCCCGUCGGGGUCGGCCUCGCCGGCGCCCUGAUGAACGGCGACGCUGACGACGGCCUCCCACCCGCGGCGGCGACGGUGCUCACGAGUACAGGCCAGAGGAUCCGGCCGUGCCGGAGCUCCGCGUCGCCCGAAAGCACCGUCUUGUCGGCGAGGGAGGUGAUGGAAGCGUCGGAGGACUACACCCGCGUCAUCGCGCGCGGGCCGAACCCGAGGACGACGCACAUAUUCGACGACGGCGUCGUCGUGGUGGAGGACGAGUUCCUGCGGUGGUGCCAUGGCUGCAGCAAGGACCUGGGCCGGGGCAACGACAUCUUCAUGUACAGGGGGGAGAUGGCCUUCUGCAGCCACGAGUGCCGGUACCGCGAGAUGCUGCUUUUCGACGAACAAGAAGAAUCCAGCUGACGACGUACCAACCAAGGUGGUGGUGGUGGCAUUUUAAUUUCAGAAGAAGAAGAUCGAAGACGUGUAUGCUUGCCGCCCGCCGGAGGAGAAGACCCCGAUACUCCAUGCUGCAGCUGCACUAUAUACACUGCUUCUGCUUCAUUCGUUCUGCGUUCCUUGCCUUGGUACUAGUACUACUGCUAGAUAGGUUGCUGUUGCUCUUUAGGCCUCGUUUAGUUCACCUCGAAAACCAAAAAAUUUUCUAA